AUGGUUAUUGUGUUAGGAGAGAAUAGUUGAGCGUAAUACAAUACUAUUGAAGAUGGCUGAAGGAACUAAACAAAUCCAGGUAGAACCUGAGUUAGCCAUAUGUAUUUCAAACGCCUUUAAACAUUUUUCUACGGACACUUGUGUUCUAAAUGGCUUAAAUAUGAGUGUACCUGUAGGAUCCAUAUAUGGUCUUUUAGGACCGAGUGGCUGUGGAAAAACCACAUUAAUAAACGUUAUUCUUGGAAAAUUUUCGUUGGAUUCUGGGAUCGUUAAAAUAAAUCCUAGUAGUUUUUCAGAUAUUGGAUAUAUGCCUCAAGACUUGUGUUUAGAUUCGAUGCUUACCAUAGGUGAAACAUUUACAUAUUAUGGUUCAUUAUAUAAAAUGAAUGAUAGUGAUAUUUCUAGUAAAAGUAAAGAACUUAUUACUUGGCUAAGAUUGCCACAGGAUAACACACUGCUAAAAGAUCUAAGUGGAGGUGAGUGUAGAAGAGUUUCAUUGGCCGUCACGUUACUUCAUGAUCCAAAAAUCAUAAUAUUAGACGAACCUACUGUAGGGAUUGACCCAGUACUAAGAUACGAAAUUUGGCAGAAACUAUUGGAAAUGGUGAAGGAGCAAGUCAAAACUAUUAUAAUUACAACGCAUUAUGUCGAAGAAGCACACCUAGCACAAACUAUAGGUUUGAUGAGAAAUGGUGUUUUAAUAUCAGAAUCUUCCCCUCAAGACUUAUUGGUUAAACAAAAUGCCAAUUCAUUAGAAGAAGCCUUUUUAUCGUUAUGUUCUAGUCAACAAUUUGAUGAAACAACUCAGAGGGCUAAUAUUUUCAAAAAUACCAAUGUAUCAUCAAACAUUUUGCACUCUGACAACGGAAUAUCAUUAAUUAGAAUUGGGGCAUUUAUAAAGAAAAAUUUAGCCAUUUGUUUGAGGGAUUUUACGUUUAUAUUUUUCAUGAUCUUAUUUCCAAUGUUGGCAGCUAUUAUUUUUAAUUUAGCUAUUGGUGGUAAUAUUAAAAACGUUAACAUAGCUAUUCAAAAUAAAGAAAUCACCGACUGUCAGAACAUCGUAAUUAAUCAAUGUAUUUAUGAAGAUAUUAAUAAUUUCACUCUUAGCUGUGCUGUUUUGAAUGGUUUACGAACUCUAGAAUACAAUUUGAUCUCAGUUAAAAAUCAGGAAGAAGGAGACAUUUUGGUGAAAAAAGCUGAAUCAGUAGCAUUCAUUCAAUUUCCCCAAAAUUUUAGUACAGGACUUCAACAAUAUGUUCUUGGUCAAUGGUUUUCUAACAAUGAAUUUUCAUCAAAUACGGCAGCCUAUGCAAAUAUCGAUAUUGGAAAUGUUUUGGUAAAAAGUCAAGUCAUUCGAAAUCUAUUUAAUGUCUUUGAAAAUGUUAUUAUAAAUAGUACACGUGCGUGCAACGAAAAGUUUGUUAAGCAACCUUUUAGAACUACAUAUUUAGUGGGAAACAAAGUUGAAACAUUUAUUCAUAGUAUAGCUACUAUGUUUGUUUCAAUGAUAGGAUUUUAUUUCUCAAGCGUAAUAUCUACAGGAUUUAUGUUGACAGAGAAAAUGGAAGGAUUUCUUGAUCGGUCUAUGACAGCUGGGAUUACAAUACUAGAAGUUGUAAUUUCAAUAAUGUGUAUUCAAACUGUAAUACACAUAAUUCAAACUAUUUCUGUUAUGUUUGUCACGUACUUUGUUUUCCUAAACCCUAUCGAAAUUACUAACGGACUAUUUGCAUUCGUAUUCAUAAUAUUUUUAACCGGAUGGUUAGGUCUACUCUACGGUUUGUUAAUCGUUGGGAUAUCCAAAUCAAGUUCCGAAGCCAUGAACAUGGUUAUUGGUUGGAACAUGAUGCAGAUUUAUUUAUCUGGUAUAAUGUGGCCAAUUGAAGCUCAAAUGCCAUUCAUGAAAAUCGUAUCUGAACAUCUGCCAUUGUGUUACAUUAGUCGAAUAUUGAAUAACAUUGUUUUAAGAGGAUGGACACUCGGACACCCGACUGUCUUAACCGGAAUAGCAAUCAUCAUUGGUUAUGUUUUAUUACACGUAAUUAUGUUAUUGUACUUAACCCACAUCAAAAAAGAUGCCUGGUUAAUAAAAAAAUAAUGUUGUGUAUUGAUUUUAUUCAACUUGUGUAAAUAAAUUAUAACUAAAUUUAUGAAUUAAUUAUAUACAUUGUAGUAUAUUACUAUAUUAUACAGAUGUGAUGCGUAUAGCGUAUUUUCUAAACUCAUUUUGAAUAAACCUAUUAGCGUCGACUGAACACCAUCUUAAACUCGUUACAUCCGUCCAUACCAUGCGUCAACUUAAAAGUUUUCGAAUUGUUUAUGUGUAGGUAAUUCGCUUUGAAUAAGCUGCGUACAUUUCAAUUAAUUGCACGUAUUAGGUAUCAAACGCGGAUAUAACAAAUACUAUUGAUAUUUUGUGAACAACUCUACGAGCUCACCGCCUACGUGUUUUGCCUAAAAAUAUCACAACCUGAAAAUGUGAUUGUCGCACUUAAAUCGAGUUUUUUAAUUCAGUUUAUUCACAUUUUAAUAUUUAAAUUAUUUUAUAGUGAACGAUUUCUCAACUAUAUCGUUGAUGUUACAAAUUAUUGAGAAGAAAAUAAUUCAAUGUAAUUUAAACGAAUUACAUGUAAAGACGUGGUUAUACCAAACAGUAGUCUAUAAUUUAACUUGUGGCUUUAUGGCUUAGGUAUAAUGCUAUGUAACCCUCCAUACUGUACAAAAUAAUAAUACAUUACUUUAGUUUUUUUUUUUUUUUAAUUAUGAUUAUUGUUAUUCAUAAUUGAUUAAUAACUAUGUUAAAAAGAAUUGUAUUCAAACGAACAUAGUUGUAAUGAGACCGUCAAAAUAAAUAUACAAAUCCACGAUACCGGUAGAUAUAUUGAAGGACAUAUUAAAGUUACUCAAUAGCAUUGUAUUAGUAGCAUAAUUUGUAGAUGGCGUGUUUAAAAAUUAAAAGGCUAUAUAUAAGAUUUAUUUUUAACAAACACAAUAUUACCUACUAUGUGAUAAU